GCGCCUCGCCGCCGUUCAUUGCGGUUCGUCUUUUCGAGGAGACCCCAGUCAUCAAGAAUGUCUCUGCGCGAGUGGUACGCGAACCGCGUGGUGCUCCUCACGGGAGUCACUAGCGAAUUGGGAUGCAGUCUGUUGGAGAAGAUCCUACGAUGCUUACCGGACGUCAGGGUGUACGUCGUCCUUCGAGCCCAAAACGGCCUCACCAGCGAGGAGCGAGUGAAGAAGAUAUUCGCGUCGCCUAGGUAUGAGCGACUGAGGCAGGAGAUGCCGGGCGCGAUCUCGCGCGUGAAAACGUUCGAGGGAAAUCUGCUUUACGAAGAUAUCGGCCUAAAUGUCGCGGAUGUCCUGUUGAAAGAGGUUUCCGUGGUCUUUCACGCUGGUGGUCCGCAUGACUUUGUUUUGGAAUAUUGCCAGGAAUUACCGAAUCUAAAGAGUGCCGCUAUAGCGUCCAGCAUUUUUAGGCAUCGCGGCAAAAUAAGCGAGUGCAUACAGAAUGAGAAAAUUCCCGAAUUACCGAUCGCCUUGGUACGCUUUCCUUUUCUCGGACCAGCUCACAAGGAACCUAUGCCCGGCUUCAUCGAAACUCUUAAAGGACCCACCGCCCUUAUGGUCGGCGCGGGCCUCGCAUUUGGCAAUUCGGAAUUACAGGCCGAAGUCACUCCGAUAGAUAUCGCAGUAAACACGAUGAUUACGGCCGCGUGGGAAGUCGGCAUAUCCUCUACGAAACCGAUGGUCUAUAAUGCGACAUUAUUGGGUUGUACAUGGAACGAUCUGAUUAAAAAAAGUCGACGGGCCAGUAGUAGCUUUCCCUAUCCGACGUUUGGAAUCCGCGGGAUGAUAUCUAUCCAGCCGCUGUAUUGGAUUUUGGUGUUGCUCCUUGAAUGGCUACCGUCCCUACUGUGCGACUUCACCCUCGGUCUAUGCGGCAGGAAACAGAGGAUUCUCGCAGAGUAUAGUAGAGUUCGUAAUGCACUUCAAUCUCUGAAGUCAAUUUCAUCGAGGCCGUGGUCAGCAGAAAGGAAUCGCGUGUACUUGCUGCAGGAACGUCUCUCCGAAGAAGAGCGGGAGGUAUUUCCGAUCGUCCCAGAGAUUGACAUUGAGAGUUACGUCCUGUGCGCCGCAGCUGCCUCCCGAAAGUAUUGCGUGAAUGAAGAAAAUCUUAAUGUCAUAACAAUGAUGAAUAGAUUCUUUUUAUUCGUACCUAUAAUAUUUGUCGUCGCGUAUAUCGCAUCGCGUACAUUUUUGUCACAUGUAUAAAAUUAUACAAAAAAAUAUGUACUUUUGUACAGGAAAAGUUUCACCAGAAAAAAACUUUUUUACAAAAAUUUAUAAACAAAAGAAGAGUAGUAGUUUCUCUUUGAAAUAUCUUUAUAUUUUUAUUUUUAGUUUUAACUUUCAAUUUUAAAAUUAAUAUCAACUUGCACUUCAAAUUUCAAUUUUAUUUUUUUAUAUUAUUUUCAAACACACACACACACACACACACACACACACACACACACAUACACACACAACAAAUAUAUAUACAAUAUAGGAACAUAUAUAAGUUUUAUUUAAUCAAUUAAUGGUAUGUAGAUAGUAUUAAUGAUAUUUACUCUGCUAUAAAUCAUAUUUCAAUACCGAUUUUUUUCUGGUAUAAAAGAUAUAUCUCGAUCAUAUAUGAAAUUGAUUCCGGAAGCAUACUUGGCUCCGCACCGUAGGAUUUUGCAAAUAUUCGUGAGAGUUGCACGAGACGUCUACAUAAGAAAAUGCCGUUUGGGUGAAAGUUUCUAGACAUGGUAGUAUCAACAAAGAUGUAUUUCCGGCACGUUCUCUCAUGCAAUACCGCUAUACUACUGACUUGUACUCAUUCCACCUGUCGAAGAGAAUAUGAGGAAAACAGAGAAUAUUGUUUGCAGAUUUCGUAGGUUUUCUCUUGAGAACAGCAAUGCGCGAAAUUCUGACAAAAGCUUGAUGUGCAACGGCACGGUAUAAGAAUUGUCUUGCUUCAAGGCCAAAUGCGAGAACAUGACACAAUGAUAAUACUUUAAGUAACAAUAGGGUGAUAAGAAACUAUAUUUAAAAAUAUAUUUUUUUCUACUUAGUUAUUUUUGUUAUAAUUGUUGUUAGCAAUUUCUCGGCGAAAAAAACAUGUAUAUUAUAUAUCUAAUGAAUUAUUAUUAUUAGGCAAAUAAAAUUGUACAAAAUUGUAAAUAAUAAAACAGAUUUUUUUUGGUUCUCAAAACUA